AUGAACUUUAACAGGACACUCAAUAUUUCCACGGAUGGACAUUACAAUGAAACUUCUGGACAAGCUACCAGCUUCUGUCUCCACUCGACUAUGUGUCUGGGAUUUUACAUUGCCUGUUUUACCGUCGGAGCAACCGGUAUGGUGGCAAACGGAAUGGUCUUGAUAGUUGUUGGCAAGGAUAAACGUCUCCAUACAGUAACAUACGUCUCCAUAUCGUGUCUUGCUUUGGCAGAUUUUGUAUAUACAACAUCAAGAUUUGCUCGGGACAACAUGAGGUUAUGGUACUUGGAAGGAAGAGACGAUUUCAGUGUAAAUUUUUCCCGCGUAACUGAUCUGUUCAGUUUGUCAGGCGCAUGUGCGUCAAUUCUUCACAUUGUAUUAUUGUCACUGUUGCGAUACUUUAUGGUGGUGUAUCCCCUCGAGAGCCAUGUCUGGUUGACCAUCAAGAGAGUCAUAUCAAUAUCUGUAGGAGCAUGGUUACUGGCAAUAGCUAUAGGAUCUUUUUAUGUGUACGCUGUUGUCAUAAAUGGACGAGCGAACCUCCAACUCGCAAAAGUCACAAAUAUAGCAGUUACCAGCACUAUGUCGGUGUUGCCCAUUGUCUUGAUUGUGACCCUUCAUACAUUAAAGGCCCGUACUUUGUUGCGGUCAUUAGCCGCCUGUCGUAAGUCUACCGUCCGCCGGAUGUCCCGUAUUGUAACACUAAUUAUCACCGCCUUCAUUGUGACAACUCUACCCAGUAGCAUAGCGGACUGUAUCAAAAUUGCUUACUUGGAGUCUGGAAUUUCAGUGAUAAAUCUUACGUGGCUUGCCAUUCUUCAACACGUUGGUCGUUUAGGUUUAUACAUCAACUUUACGAUCAAUCCAUUUAUUUAUAUCUUAAGUUCGCCGCAGUUCAGAAAAGCUCUGAUAUCCUGUUGUAGGCCCCACAGACAUGUUUACGGAGUAUCUGCUACAAGUUACGAGACAAGCUGAAAGUACUGUGCAUUUUCCAUUAUCCUUUGGAUAAUAAAAGAACAUGAUGCUGCAAGUGCCGAAUUGAGUCAAGAGCACCUAACACAGUUCGUUACAUUUUGGGGUAUCUGUAAAUGGAUUCGGAAGCAUUUCAUUUUUUGCAAAAUCUUAAGAAGGAAAAAAAAGGAAAAUUAUUAAUGAAAAUAUGAGAGAGGGGAAAAAAAAAGUAAC